GGCGGCCGGGCGUGAUGUUGGCCACCCCCCCCCCCCGUGUGCCGUUCUGGCCUUCGUAGGUGCUCGCUAACAGCACUUGCCCCAACAGUCUGUGCCAGGACAGGAACGAUGAACGAGGGAGGAGAGAUGAAGAUCUACUGCCCGAUUUGCAACUGGGUGGUGAUCAGCCUGUCCGCCCUGGAGGACCACAUGAAGCAGCACAGGCGCCGGACCGAGUCCGUGCUGUACCAGUGCCCCCACUGCCCGUACAGCACGGACAAAGCGGCCACUUUGAUCGGCCACCAGAGGAGCCACGCUGACGAUAAGCCCUACAAGUGCUGGGUGUGCGAUGAAGUUUUCGCGAAUUCGGGAGACUUCUGCUCCCAUCAGAGCGUGCAUAUGAAGCGGGCGCGACGCGGGAAGGCGUUCUCCCCACCGCCAGGAGACGUCUCACCGGACAGGAGGAUCCGCGCAGACGAGAGGCCCUACUGCUGCAACGUCUGCGGGGAGGACUUCACUCAGUCGCACCACCUCCUCAACCACCAGAGGAUCCACACAAGCAAGAAGCCGUACGCAUGCACCGUGUGCGGCAAGACGUUCACUCACUCGGCCGUCCUCGUCGCCCACAAGCGGAUCCACACGGGCAAAAAGCCGUACAGGUGCGCCACAUGUGGCAAGGCAUUCAAGCAGUCGGGGACGCUCUUCAACCACGAGAAGACCCACGCGGAAGAGAAGCCCUAUGGGUGCGCGGCGUGCGGGAAGCGAUUCGUCCAGUCGAGGGGCCUCGUCAUACACGCGAGGACCCAUACAGGCGAGAGGCCGUACAGGUGCUCCACGUGCGGCAAGUCCUUCGCCCAGUCGGGCACCCUGCGCAUCCACAAGCGCACCCACACGGGCGAGAGGCCGUACGCGUGCGACGUGUGCGGCAGCUCGUUCACGCACUUGGGCACCCUCCACGUGCACAAGAGGACGCACGCGGGCGGGAGGCCCUUCGCGUGCCCCAAACGCGGGAAGGCCUCCUCCGGGUCGGGGAGCCUCCAGGCGCGCCGCCACACCCGCGAGAGGACCGGGCUCCACGAGGGUGCGACUGCCACUGGGCAGGUCGUGGCAAGCCUCGGGGGCGAGGGUCCCGCGACGACCCCCUCGGCGAUCCCCUCAGCGACCCCCUCGGUAUCGCUAACAUCAGAACACGGAGAGACUCUCAGCUUCGAGACGUGGCCGGGGGUUAAGGUGGAAUGCGACGGUGAAGAUCCUUCCGCCUCCCUGUCGAUCGUGAAGCGGGAGCACGAUGGGAUCGCCAGCGUCGAGACUUGGCCAGGGGUGAAGGUAGAACUGGGGGGGGAGGAUUCUUCAGUUCCCUUCUCGAUCGUGAAGCAGGAACGGGAAGAAAUCCCCGGCUGUGAGACGCGGCUGGGGUGAAGGUGGCACACGGGAGGCCGAGUCUCUGUUUUGGGAACGGAUGUUGAGGUCUAUGUGGGAAGUUUUGUUUCGAAAAGGGUUGCCAUCCCAAGGUGGUGUGUUAACUAUUAGCUAGUCAUGAAAAGCAUUGUUCUCUCCCUUGAACCGCAUGAAUAGAGACAGCUUUCUUUCAAGCCUAGUCUCAAACGGUGUCUCUGGUGUGGACCAAUCUGUUUUUGCAUUCUGACCACUAUUAGCUAGUCGUGUGGUUAAUGCAGGCACGAUUCCUUGUAAAAGGUUUAAGUUUGGUGUUUUAACAUCUGAACACCUGUUUUGUUGCCAGAAAAAGGGGAAAACCUAUUCUCAUAUUUUGGUACUGGCAACGGAGGUCCCAUAAUCAUAUUUAUUUAAUUGCAUAAUCUUGCCAAUUAAUUGGUUGAUGCCCCCUUUUUGCCAUUGGGCACAUGUUUAUUUAGCACGUUUCCAUAUGAAUAUUGUCACUUUUAAGGACUUUCCUAUCGUUGUGUAUUGUUGCUUUACUAUGAAGAGUUAGCCUAUUGUUCUAUUGCUCAGUCUAACAAUGUAACCAUUGAGGGUAAAUUGGACGGAUUGAUGAGUAGGACAUCUUCAGGAGUACUGUUGUGGCAAUUCCGAUCAUAAGUGUGUUCGCAUAUUAGAGUGUUUUUAGAUGUUCAAGUUACUUAACACAGCAGAGUCUGAGUGGUUCCUUCCUAAGUUCAUGCAUAUUAAUUUUAAUUAUAUGAACUGUAUCCUGCAGCGAGCUCUGAGUCCCAAGACUGGAAAUAAUUACACUAAAACAUAAUCAGUAAAAGUUGAAGCGAGAAUCAUGGCAUUAUCACGAUUGGUAAUACACCCAUAGACAACGAAGCCUAGCCUAAUUUACAUAAUUACAAACAUUUGCAUAAUUUCUUAAAUUUGCAUAAUUUCUUGAAAUGGCAUUUAUUAUUUAUAUGUUUCUUUUUCAAAAUAAUAUAUACAACAUAACCGAGAGAGAUAAAUGUUGAGAAAAUGCCGCGCGAUACAUCGGCCGUUCGAAAUGGCGCAAGCGCGUCUGCACGACUGUUAAGGUACACAACGUGGAGGCAAUAUCUUUUCCUCUGAACAGAUACACGUGAAGUGAAAACUACGUAGACUCUUUGUUUUACUUUACCAGGUAAGGCCCACCACUGAGCCAUGUAGCUCUUUUUCGCAAGCGACCUGACCAUCACAAAUUAUACUCCAUAAAUGACGUCUAUCGAUUUUGGACGAUUUCUUACCCCCCCCCCCCUUCGUCACACGGCGUCACAAAAAGUCAGACCCCCCCUCUCACAUAUGACGUCACAAAUUGCCUCCCCC